AGACAGAGGCCCGGCACAACCUUCCUGUGUGGUUUCAGCAGCCAAGAGUGACAUGGACCUGGGGAAGCCUAUGAAGAAGAGCCUGCUGGUGGUGGCUCUCCUUGUCAUUUUCCAGGUGUGCCUGUGCCAGGAUGAGGUCACGGACGACUACAUCGGCGACAACACCACGGUGGACUACACGCUGUACGAGUCCGUGUGCUUCAAGAAGGACGUGCGGACCUUUAAGGCCUGGUUCCUCCCGGUCAUGUACUCCAUCAUCUGCUUCGUGGGCCUGCUGGGCAACGGGCUGGUCAUGCUGACCUACAUCUAUUUCAAGAGGCUCAAGACCAUGACCGACACGUACCUGCUCAACUUGGCCGUGGCCGACAUCCUCUUCCUCCUGACCCUUCCCUUCUGGGCAUACAGCGCGGCCAAGUCCUGGGUCUUCGGAGUCCACGUCUGCAAACUCAUCUUCGGCAUCUACAAGAUCAGCUUCUUCAGCGGCAUGCUUCUGCUUCUCUGCAUCAGCAUCGACCGCUACGUGGCCAUCGUGCAGGCCGUGUCGGCGCACCGCCACCGUGCCCGCGUGCUUCUCAUCAGCAAGCUCUCCUGCGUGGGCAUCUGGAUGCUGGCCAUGGUGCUGUCCACGCCGGAGCUGCUGUACAGCGGCACCCAGAAGAGCAGCAGCGAGCAGGCGCUCCGGUGCUCCCUCAUCACCGAGCACGUGGAGGCCCUGAUCACCAUCCAGGUGGCCCAGAUGGUGGUGGGCUUUCUGAUCCCCCUGGUGGCCAUGAGCUUCUGCUACCUCGUCAUCAUCCGCACCCUGCUCCAGGCGCGCAACUUCGAGCGCAACAAGGCCAUCAAGGUGAUCAUCGCCGUGGUCGUGGUCUUCGUGGCCUUCCAGCUGCCCUACAACGGCGUGGUCCUGGCCCAGACGGUGGCCAAUUUCAACAUCACCAGCGGCACCAGCUGCGAGCUCAGCAAGCAGCUCAACAUCGCCUACGACGUCACCUACAGCCUGGCGUGCGUCCGCUGCUGCGUCAACCCCUUCUUGUACGCCUUCAUCGGCGUCAAGUUCCGCAGCGACCUCUUCAAGCUCUUCAAGGACCUGGGCUGCCUCAGCCAGGAGCGGCUGCGCCAGUGGUCCUCGUGCCGGCACACCCGGCGGUCCUCCAUGAGCGCCGAGGCCGAGACCACCACCACCUUCUCCCCCUAGGAGGCUCCUCCGCCUGGACCAGAGGCUCCUCUCCCAGGGACACCCCCACCCCCACCCCACCCCCACCCCAGGGUCGAGGGGGCGAUGGUGGGACUCCGAACCCGACGGCCGCUGCAGGAAAGGCGGUUCUGGCCAUUCUGGUUUCUCGCGUGAUGAAAAGCCCAAGGCCACGGAAGACAGAGGAAGCCCGACCCUAGCUACCUCAACCCAGGCUGCCAAGAAACGGGUGGCGGAGGAGCCACCCCAGCUCCUGCCACACUCCAAGAGCAAGGCCGCCGUCCCCACACCCAAAACCAAGGGUCCAAGACAAGUUCACACCCUCCGGGGGGAAGGGGCAGGCGUUGGUGAGAGCUAGGCUGGUGGAGGGGACCUGGCACCUUCUUCCUCUGGCCUCGAAAGAAGCCCUCCCCGAGAUGCAAGGGCGGAGGCAGCCUCUUCCAGAAAGCAAGGCGACCAGAGACAGGGGGGGGCGACUUCUUGCCUGGGCAGGGGGAGGGGGACGGGGACGCGAAGGGGUCCAACCAACUCUCGGAAUCCCUCCCUCCAUCUCUCUUUUUCCGCUGUCAUCCGAGCCAGCAAGAAACAAGCUCCAAGCGUCCCGAGCGCCCUCGCCUGCCGCCUCUCCUCAGGCUGCUGCCUCCCAGGCUCUCCAGGCCAAAGGGAUGUGGUGUUUCCCCACAGGCCAGGGCUCUGGGGCACAGAGGACUUGAGGCCGGCCCAUCUCAGGUCUCAGCUCUGCUAGGGUGGGAGGAGAGCGCCAGGAGGAAGGUCAGGGGGCCAGGGGUGGGUGACAGUGCCGGCCGCUGCAGGCCAAAGAGCUGCUGCUUUGUUCUUUGCUAGACGGGGACAAAAAAAAAAAUCUCUCAUCCUGUUCUGCUUUCAAGUCAUGAAGAGAGCACGUUUUACUCGUACACAAAUAAAAGUUUUCCUUUGAGGAAACAACAGCUUUAAAA